AUGGUCGUGGUACUGGCGCUAAUCAACGGUCCAACAGCUAAAUCCGUCUCCCGAAAUGAGCGCAGUCCGACCCCCCCUCCGCCGCCGAAGAGACGUAGGAUCGACGAGGCUCACCAUACCAAAUCCACGGAAGCCCCCUCAAACCCCAUCAUCAAAUCUAUUCUCAAGAAAUCAACGCCCUCUUCCGUCUCCUCAUUACCAUCUUCGUCUCCUCCACCUUAUCCUUCGUCUUCACCGUCGCAACAACCGCCUUCUAGUUCUCUUGAUUCCGAGGCAGGGAAGUACCUUAAGCUCAAAACUACAGAUAAAAAGACGGGAUCUAUUACAAAGACAAGGAUAGAAAGGGCUGGACCAUCGUUUUCUUCUUCUUCAUCGUCGUCGUCGUCAACAUUAAAACCCUCGGGACCAUCUUCUUCGACAACUAAUCAAUCGAUACGAUCUUUACAUACUUCACCACCAAACCAUACCACAACUACUCUACUCUCUGACACAGAUGCCACAAAACUCCUUCUCGAAUUCGGAAAGCCGAAACCCGGUCCCCCACGAGAACCCGAACGUCUUAUGCCACGUACCGUCCCUCGGGCGCCCGCGAAUUUCGAAACUAGACAUAACAUCCUCGUACAACUCCACAAGGAGUUCAUCCGACUAGACCCAGAUAGCCAAAAGACCGCCAUAGGGAAACAGAGGAUGAUAAAACUCGCGAAUGAUGAGGAGGCCGCGAGUGCGCUGAACGAUAUUUUUACCUAUAAAAACAUUAUGAGGAACCGAAUUUUUGCUCUAGGGAAGAUGACACCGGAAACUUUCAAAAAGGAUCUGGAGGAAAAAGAACAGUCGAAAAGGAAGAAGGAUCUGCCGGAUGGAAACGAGGAGUUAGUAACAGGGUUGAGCCCGGAAGCUGAAGUCACAGCUUUAGGUGGCUAUGUCGCAUCCCUCCUAUCCCUAAAGGCAUCCGAAUACGUCGUCCUCCCGCCGUCAGAAGAAGAAAUUCGAAAAACCAAGGAGGGUCUGGAAGCCGCAGAUGGAAGGGAGGAAUGCGACCGUUGUAAAACCAGAUUCCAAGUUCUCAAAGAACAAGACAAAGAAACCAAAAGCUGGGUAACAGGUGGGAGCUGUACCCACCACUAUGGAAGGUUUAUCGUCGACGGCGGUAGGAGAACAUGGGCUUGCUGCGCUACACCACGGGGAGAAACUACAGGCUGCGUAGAACAUACAAAUCAUGUUUUUAUGGUUAAAAGUCCGGUCCGACUGGCUAGUGUCUGGCAAUUUGUCGAAACCCCAUCUGCACCGAUACUCUCACCUUCUUCGGAAACGACACCACCUCCUUCGGACAAAAAAAUCGAAAAGGCAAUCUGCAUGGACUGUGAAAUGGCAUUCACAACCAAAGGUUUCGAAGUAAUCCGGUUAACAGCGACACGUUUCCCAACCUACGAACCCAUCGUCGACAUCCUCGUCCAACCUUAUGGUGAGGUUCUAGACCUAAACACCCGUUUCUCCGGAGUAACCCAAGAACAAUUCGAUACCGCACUCCCCUACUACAACUCCUCUCUACCGAAUAAAGAUGGCCCCAAGGUACUUUUAAGAGCAUCAAGUCCGCUCGAAGCUCGCGAAAUCCUAUUUACUUACAUCGACUCCUCGACAAUAAUUAUCGGGCAUUCACUCGAUAACGAUCUGAAAUGUAUGAGAAUAAUACACCCUCGUGUUGUUGAUACUGCGCUGUUAUACAGGCAUAGAGCGCCUGGGAUGAAGUUCAGUCUUAAAUACCUUGUCAAAACGCAUUUGGGAAGGUUUAUACAAACGAAUGAGAAUGCACAGGGACAUGACAGUAGGGAGGAUGCGAAUGAAGCGGGGAAUUUGGUGAGAAAGAGGAUUCAGAAUGAUGUUAGAGUGGGGAAGAUCGGGAAGGAUGGGAUUUGGGCAGGGGAUGUGAUGUAUGCGUUUAAAAAUACAGGGGAGAAUAAUAAUAAUAGUAGUAAUAAUAACCAAGAUAAGGUUGUUGCUGCGAAAUAG